GGGGCCGCGCUCCAGAAGGCCCGACGGAGAGGCGGGUGUCCGCUUCUCGUGCAGAGAUGGCUGAUGAGGUUUGCAGGGCUCAGGUUGCUCAGCCGGGCGGGGACACCAUAUUCGGAAAAAUCAUCCGUAAAGAGAUCCCCGCCAAGAUCAUCUUCGAGGACGAGAAGUGCCUUGCGUUUCAUGAUAUUUCUCCACAAGCUCCAACUCAUUUCCUAGUGAUCCCCAAGAAGCAUAUUGCUCAGAUAUCUCAAGUGGAAGAUACUGACGCAGAUCUUCUUGGCCAUUUAAUCAUUGUGGGAAAGAAAUGUGCAGCUCAAUUAGGCCUGACUAGAGGAUACCGAAUGGUUGUGAAUGAAGGUCCAGAUGGUGCUCAGUCAGUCUAUCAUGUGCAUCUCCAUGUCCUUGGGGGACGUCAGAUGAGCUGGCCUCCAGGCUAAGACUCUGAAUGAGAAGAAAAAUGUUGUCCUUAGUCUGUUGAAUAGAGUCCACACUUGUUCUGUCUAUAAUACCAAUUAAUUAAUAUUUUGUGUGGAAGACAAUUAUACAUUUUGUCCAUAAAUCAAUAAAGUUUAAGCUUAAUUCUUUUUUUUCAAUUUUAUAUUAUGUAACAUAAAUUAGUACAGUCUGAAACUCAGGGCUAUA